AUGUCGUCGGAAGGUAGCAGUACAAAUUUCAUACGAUUGUAUGAAGAUCAAGAAUUAGCAUACAUAUAUGCAAUAUAUCGACCUCCCUACCCGGAUGCGCUACGUGAAGCAAUCAUGAACUAUCUAGAGAAGAAUCAACAUGCAAGAAGAAAAAAAGGAAAAUUUGAUAAAAUGUUGGACGUUGGAUGUGGAAGUGGAACAUUGUCAACGCAAACUUUUACGUCGCAUUUUAAAUCAAUACUGGGGAUUGAUAUCAGCGAAGCUAAAAUCAAAGAAGCAAAACGACUAAACAAAUGUAGAAACGUUGCUUUCGAAUUGGUAGAUAGUUAUAAAUUUCCUGUAGAAGACAACAGUGUUGAUCUCAUCACAUGCGCCACUUCCAUUCAUUUUCUUGACUUACAAUUACUUGAGAAAGAAUGUGAACGAGUUCUGAAACCGCGCGGAUGUUGUGCUGUUUAUACUAUUAAUUGGGGCAAUAUUACAAAAUUUUCCGUUGGAGGAACUGACUGGAGACAUAAGAUAGUUUUACUAAAUCCGAUUGUUGCCGACUUCUUUGUCAAUGUAAAAUCAUAUUCUAAUAAUUUUGCGGCAUUAGAACGAAAUCGACAAUUUUAUGAACAAAUCAUAAAUUCGUCCAAAUUAUGGCUUCAAGAAAUUGUAUGUGAAAGAGAAAUGACCCUUCGUCAACUCAAAAACGUUUUCCGAACUGCAGGUGAAUAUGCUAUUUUUAUGAAACAUGACAAGCCAACAACAGAUCCUCUUGAGAUUUUUGAUUUAAACAUCAGACAGGCACUCGAACUCGGAAAUGUUUUUUUGAGUGAAGACAUAUUUUUAAAAGUUGAAAUGGUGUAUCCUAUUUUUGUGUUUACAAAACACAUCACUUCGUGA